AGCAAACCAAAACAAAAUGUUAAAAGAUAAUUUCAACUUGGGUGUUCCGAUAUUAUUAUUUUUUUUUCUCACAAACUCCAAGAAGAGGAUAUAGACUAGAGUUUCACCGUGUGACAAGGACCGCCAUGGAAGUAGAGUCCAAGAAUCGAAUGUCACCGCAAGAACAAGAUCAAGAUCAAGAACAAGAACAAGAUCAAGAUCAAGAUCAAGAAGGGACGAGAAGAGGGAUCGAGCCAUGGACAAGGCAGAUAACAGUGAGAGGAAUUCUCGUGAGCAUCGUCAUCGGGGUCGUGUUCAGCGUGAUAGCCACGAAACUGAAUCUGACGACGGGGAUCGUGCCGAACCUCAACGGCUCGGCGGCUCUGCUCGCCUUUGUCUGCGUCCGGACAUGGACCAAGGUUCUCGAGAAAUCAGGGUUUGUCGUGAAACCCUUCACGAGGCAAGAGAACACUAUGAUCCAGACAUCUGCUGUUGCUUGCUACGGCAUCGCUGUUGGAGGUGGGUUUGCUUCAUAUCUUCUGGGAUUAAACCAUAAGACAUAUGAAUUGGCCGGAGCGGACAUGGAAGGCAACUCUCUGAAGAGCGUCUGUUUCGUCGGCCUCUUUGUCCUGAUUCCUCUUAGAAAGGUUUUGAUUGUGGACCUGAAGUUAACAUACCCGAGCGGCUUGGCUACUGCAGUACUCAUCAAUGGCUUCCACUCACAGGGAGACGCACAGGCCAAGAAACAAGUGCGAGGAUUCAUGAAAUAUUUCUCGGCGAGUUUCUUGUGGGGAUUUUUCCAGUGGUUUUUCUCUGGGAAAGAAGAUUGCGGCUUCUCUCAGUUCCCAACCUUCGGCUUGCAGGCUUGGAAACAAACAUUCUACUUUGAUUUCAGCAUGACCUUUGUAGGUGCAGGAAUGAUCUGUUCUCAUCUUGUGAAUAUCUCUCUGCUUCUCGGAGCUGUGCUCUCUUUUGGAGUAAUGUGGCCGCUUCUCGAUAAGCUCAAAGGAAGUUGGUUCCCCGAAAAUCUCGACGAACACAACAUGAGGAGCAUCUACGGAUACAAGGUCUUCUUAUCCGUGGCACUCAUCCUCGGCGACGGCCUCUACAAUUUCGCCAAAAUCCUCUGCUUCACAAUUGCAAAUAUCCAAUCGAGAUUGAAGAACAGGACGAAUCUUGAAGUGGGUACCGCUCAAAAUCCGUUGAAACGGGAGGAACUGAAGCAAGACGAGAACUUUCUCAGAGAGAAAAUACCGAUGUGGAUCGGAAUCUUAGGCUAUGUGGGUUUCGCGACCGUGUCAACCAUAGCCGUUCCUCUGAUAUUUCCGCAGCUGAAAUGGUACUACGUCAUCGUAGCUUACGUCUUUGCGCCGUCUCUCGCCUUCUGCAACGCUUACGGAGCUGGACUUACCGACCAGAACAUGGCAUAUAACUAUGGUAAAGUGGCCUUGUUUGUCUUAGCCGCAGUUACAGGAAAAGAGAACGGAGUUGUGGCUGGACUGGCAGGAUGCGGUCUGAUCAAAUCAGUUGUGUCGGUUUCAUGCAUUCUGAUGCAAGAUUUCAAGACGGCCCAUUUCACGUAUACAUCUCCCAGAGCGAUGUUUCUGAGCCAAUUGGUCGGGACCGUCGUAGGAUGUCUGGUUACGCCGUUAAGUUUCUUCCUGUUUUACAAGGCUUUCGAUAUCGGAAACCCUAAGGGCGAAUUCAAAGCUCCGUACGCUCUGAUAUACCGAAACAUGGCCAUUCUUGGAGUCCAAGGCUUCUCAGCUCUGCCCCUUCACUGCCUCCAGAUGUGUUACGGGUUUUUUGCGUUUGCGGUUCUGGUUAACGUCGUCCGAGACUUUGCUCCUCGGAAUAUCGGGAAAUUCAUGCCGCUGCCUAUCGCGAUGGCAGUUCCGUUUCUGGUGGGUGCGUACUUUGCGAUCGAUAUGUGUGUCGGGACACUGAUUGUGUUCGUUUGGGAGAAGAUGAACAGGAAGAAGGCUGAGGUUAUGGUUCCGGCCGUGGCGUCGGGGCUAAUCUGCGGCGAAGGAUUGUGGACUUUGCCGGAGUCUGUGCUUGCACUCGCCGGAGUAAACCCUCCGAUCUGCAUGAAGUUCUCGCGUUCUUGAGAUUCAGUUCCAAAGUUUUCGUUACUUGCGACACAAGAAACUUAGAAUAAAGAGUUUUGUUUUUGCAUUGCCUCUAACUCUAGAAGCUAUGAAUCAACUCCUUGUAAUCUGUCUGAUUAAGUUAUAAAAGUACAUGGACAUGAUAUUCACGAAUCA